GUAUGCUACAUGCACGAACCGUCGUCGAAAUAAACGACUGAAAGCAGGAGAGCUGGGCUUGGCUGGGCCGUGUUAGUUCUCAAGUCCGAUAAAUUGAAUACCAUUGCAAAUUCAAUAGCCUCUGAAGGAUCUGAAUCAUCAGCUUUCUGCACGUGAAGUCAAAUCGAUGUCAUCCACAGAAGUUCUACCUUCACGUCUAGCCGUACCCCAUGUCCAGAUAGGGCCUUGCUCCGAAUGCUCAAAGCCCUUGGAGUUCCUUCCGCCUACACAGCCCACUAGCUCUACCUCUUCUUCCAUAUCGUACCAAGUACAAUGCUUUCAAUGCGGAAACAUCCAAUCGCACUCCAUUAAUUUCCAUUCGCAUGGGGGCCUAACGAGUUUGAACGGCGCUCAGGGUAAUGGUGACUCAUCUUCAUCAUCUGGUGCUCGGAAAGGCCGAAAAAUUGGGACAAACGAGAGACCAUUGGAAACUAGGUAUUACGAUCUUCUUGGGGUUCCCAUUAACGCGACGGACGAAGAAAUAAAGAAAGCCUACCGGCGCCAGGCGAUCAAGAAUCAUCCCGACAAGGGAGGCUCCGAGGAAGUAUUUAAAGAGAUAGCGAUGGCCUACCAGGUCCUCUCGGACCCUGUCCUACGCAAGAAGUACAAUGAAUUCGGUCCUAAAGAAGGGUCUCCUGAAGGAGGUUUCGUCGACCCCGAAGAAAUUUUCAGUGCGAUCUUCGGUGGUGAGAGAUUUGUGCCAAUUAUUGGCGACAUCUCUCUUGGGAGGGAUAUGAAGGCUGCUUUGCAGGAAGCAGAUGAGGCCGAAGCUUCGGGUCAAGGGAAAAAGGGCAAGGAGGCUCUAACGCCUGAAGAGAAGGCCAAGAAAGAGGAGAAGGACAAAAGGAUUGCUGCUGAAAGAACGAAAGUUCGGGAAGAAAGGGUUCGGAAGCUUGUCGCCGAGCUAGAACGCAAGCUUUCCAUCUUCAGCGAGUCGGCCGUUGGGCCUGACGACCGGGAUGUAUUAAGCAGUUGGAAACAGAUAUGCCAAAUUGAAGCAGAAGAGCUCAAGCAAGAGUCGUACGGAGUGGAACUCUUGCAUGCCGUGGGUCACGCCUACGUUGCGAAAGCUAGACACUACGCAGCAACGAAUUCGACUUUUUUAGGCGUUGGCGGGUGGAUGCACGGGAUCAAGGGAACAUAUCAUACUUUCACUGAAACUGUCUCGACGGUGCGCUCAGCACUCGAAUUGAAGCAAGUCUUCGAACAGCUUGCAGAAGCAGAGAAAUCAGGGGCGUCCGAAGCGGAGAAGAAAAAUCUGGAAGAGCAGGCAGCCGAGAAGGGACUUCAAGCGCUCUUCAAAGGGACGAAGCUCGAAAUAGAUUCUGUCUUGAGGGAGACGUGCGAUCGUGUACUAAAUCCGCCCCCCAACGGGCCUAAUGCUCCAUCCAGGGAGAAACUAGCUUUACGUACUAGAGCUCUGCUUGUGCUUGGAGAAGCAUAUUUGAACGUGAAGAAAGAAGGGAGUGCCCUGGAUGAGGCUGAGUAUGUCAGGAUUGACACCAAAGCUAGUAAAGCAAGAGACAGUUGGCAGGGCAGGCAGGGACCACCCAGAUAGGAUCUUUGUAGUUUCCCUACUUGUCUCUUGCCGUCGCAAUCCACAAUCUGGAUCCGGAUGGACUAUACAUACAUUUGUGCUUUCUUCAGCUGCCACCUGCUCCAUGACUGUAGUGUCGUGUCUCCGACGAUUAUAAUAGAUUGUGAACAUGACAAACACGAUCACUCGAGUAC